UGAAUUGCUGGACAUUAUUUUAUCACGCGCAAGUUACCUACCCAGUAUUCUGGAUUAUUAAUUACAAAUUAAUGUGCGACCUUGUUAUAAAAUAAGAAUGUGGAAGAACUUCUUUAGUAUCACUGAUACAAGUGGCGUGAAAAGUCUUAAUCAAAAUGUAUCGUACUGCGCUGAAUAAUUCGCCAACCUCCUUAAGAGAACUAAUAAAAAUUGGUAUUAAAAAAAAAUUUUACUCGACCAAACCCUGCAUAGUGCAAUCCCCAUUUCAAAAAAUUGAAAUUCCCGACGCCACGGUACCGGAUUUCAUUUUUGAAAAUUGCGGAAAGUUUCCUGAUAAAAUUGCUACGGAAUGUGCGAGUACUGGAAGAAAAUAUACCUAUGACGAGCUUAGAACUAAAUCACUCAAUUUAAGCAGAGCGUUGAAGAAAAGAUUGAAAUUAAGGAAAGGAGACGUGGUGGCGAUCCUGCUACCGAACAUUCCGGAAUUUGGAAUUUGUCUUUUGGGAAUAUUAAAAUCAUCUUUGAUUGCGACUACACUAAGUCCUUUGAAUACACCAGAAGAACUUAAGCGCCAGCUAUCAGAUUCGAACACGAGGGCUGUAAUUACCACAUGCUCAUUACAUCCACUAGCGAGUGCUUCACUUCCGACACCAGAUGUGCCAAUAAUAUCCAUCAAAACAGAGCGGUCUGACGCAAUACCGGCAGGAUCGGCUAAUUUUCAGGAAUUUACUAACUGCAUUUUGGAUUUGAAACUUGAUGAGGAUAUGGGAAGUACUGAUGUCGCUCUAAUGCCUUAUUCGAGUGGAACAACUGGUUCUCCUAAAGGCGUUCUCCAUACCCACCGUAGUUUAGUUGCAAAUUUAAGUCAAAUAAAUAUUCAUGAAGUAAAAAUUCUCGAAACAGCAACAGCUGACCACCAAGACAUUGUUCCUGCUGUACCACCCUUUAUACAUAUGUACGGUCUGGUAAUUUUGAUGCUCAAUGGUUUUAUGAAUAUGUCAAAGCUUGUAACCGUUCCGAAGUUUAAACCAAAUGUAUUUGUUGAUAUACUUGAAAGGUACAAGCCGACGGCCCUUUUCGCGGUGCCUACCCUAAUUUCAUUCAUGACAAACAGUGAAGUCAUCAAACGCAAUCACUUAGAAUCGGUGCGUAUGGUAGCAUCAGCCUCGGCUCCUCUUUCGGCUGCCCAUCAAGAGCAAUUCAUUCGAAAGGUUGGCAAGGACGUAUGCGUGGUGCAAGGUUUUGGAACGAGCGAAUCUGGUCUAGUUACCUCAAGUCAAAAACAUAGUGAAAACCAAGGGUCUGUUGGCGCGCCGCUUCCUAAUACCGAAAUCAGAGUCGUUGCGGUAGACGCGCCGAACGCAGACCAACAACCUUUCCAACAGGGCGAGUUACUAUUCAAAGGACCACAGCUCAUGCAUGGGUACCAUAAUAGGCCAGAAGAAUACUCCAAAGCGUUCACCGAUGGAUGGAUGCGAACGGGAGAUCUAGUUUACUACGACGACAAUAGAAACUUUUACAUUGUGGAUCGUCUAAAAGAUUUAAUUAAAGUGAAAGGAUAUCAGGUGUCGCCCGCCGAGCUGGAAGACGUAAUACGUAGCCAUAGCAACGUUUCAGAUGCGACCGUCAUUGGCAUACCACACGAAAGGUACGGAGAGGUGCCAAGGGCGUACAUCACUGUAAAAUCGGGCUCCCAAAUAAACACGGACGAAUUGAAACAGUUUGUGUCUAGUAAAGUAUCAAACUAUAAAGAUAUUAAAGGGGGUAUUGUGGUUGUGGACUAUCUACCGAAGAACAUUAUGGGAAAACUAUUGCGCAGGAAACUCAAAUUAGACUACAUGCACUCGAUUGGAACGCGUGGUGCCUGAUUUCUAUUUCUUUAUAUUGGUCAUUUAGUACAACCAAUAAUAAUGUGUGGUGUAAUUUUUGAAACAGACUUUGUUUACGACUGCAGAACUAUUUUCCAUAGUGCUAUUUGAAAGAACAAUAUAAGUAUUAAUUUUCUACUUUGUAACACCAUUUACAAUGUUAGGUAAAGCGUCUUUGACAUAUUAAUACGUAUUUCGUUUAUGCAAUUUUACCUUUAAAUAAAUUGUAAUUUUAUA